UACUAGCGGUUCUUCUUCGUUGAUCGAGUGUUUACUGCAUGGUUGGAGCUAAGUUAGCAAAAUAAGUAUCAUGAUUCAGUGUUAUGUAUUCAGUAUAAAUAAUUCUGACCCUUAAAAGCAGCUUCAAUGCUUUCUUCAUAACCGCCCCGUGUGUUACCUGUGAGCUGCUCAGGAAUAGUGUGAAUUUUAGUGAAAGUUCGCUGCGUUAGCCUUGUAACAACAGCGUUUCUUUUCGGGGAUUGGCACCAUGGCUAACCUAGACCAAUGGGUGAGUGACCGUCUACAUGACAUCCUUGGGAUGAGUGACUCCCAUGUCUCUCAGUUCAUGAUCGGAAUGGCCCGGAAAGCCACAAGCACUGAAGAUUUCGUGGACCGUCUCCAACAAACAGGGGUGAUAGAUAUAGACCAGAAUGUGACAGCCUUUGCUGGGGAGCUUUACAACAGGAUUCCUCGUAAGCAGGUUGUUGAGAAACCGUCCCGGGCUCUGGAACGACAAGCUAUUGAGAUGGAUCGUAAGAAUCGCACUUAUACGCUGUUGGAAGACAGUGACAGUGAGGACGAAACUUUGAGAGAAAGACAAAAAGGCAAGAGGAAAGAGACGGAAAAAAGAAAUAAGAGGAAGCACCUUAGGCAGAAGAAGGAAAGCGAGUCUUCCAGUGAAGAAGAACUUCCCAAGAAGACUAACAUAAAUGACAGGGGCAAUGUGAAAAAAGAAGAGGAAGAAGAAGAGUGGGAGAAGGAAGAGCGAGAGCGACUUCAAGAUAUUGAAGAAAGAGAUGCAUUUGCCGAGCGAGUGAAGCUAAAAGACAAAGACAAAACCCGCAAUAUAGCAGAAAGGACUGACAAAAAGGCUUAUGAGGAAGCCCAGAAGAGACUAAAAAUGGCUGAGGAUGACCAGAAGAACAUGUUGCCAGAGCUGAGGAAACGAUCUCGCUGGGAAUAUUUAAAGAAAAGAGAGGAAGAAAAACUGGAGGACUUGGAAGCAGAAAUCAUCGACGAGGAAUAUCUGUUCUCCUCAGACAACCUCACUGAGAGGGAACAGAAGGAGUUGGAAUACAAACGAACUCUCCGUGAUCUGGCCAGAGACUACAAAAAAGCUGGCGCCAAAGAACAUGAAGAGAGAAAAAAUAGAUAUUAUAUGCCUGAAGAAAGAAGAAGCAAGGAGGUUCCUCAAAAGGAUCUGGAACUUGAGGAAACCCCAAUGGAGUUGGGAGGCGAGCAGGGCCGCUGGGAAGAGGAGAGACUGAAGACCGCAUCGCUCAGCUUUGGCGCCAAAAAGGAACGAGAGCAAGGAAUGAAGCAUGAACAGGAGAAGUACCAGCUGAUCCUGGAGGAGGACGAGAUGAUCAACUUUGUCAGCACCGCCAUUACCAUGAAGGGAACAAUAACAGAGAGGGAUGAUGAAACUCCAGCCUUGUCUCAAGCUGAGAUAAAGAAGCAGUCCAUGCAGGAGGUGCGGCGGAGCCUUCCUAUCUUUCCCUUCAGAGAAGACCUGCUGGCUGCUAUUCACGAGCACCAAAUCCUGGUCAUCGAGGGAGAGACGGGGUCUGGCAAGACCACCCAGAUUCCACAGUACCUCUGGGAAGAUGGAUUUACCAAGGGAGGAAUGAAGAUUGGGUGCACGCAGCCUCGUCGAGUCGCAGCAAUGUCAGUGGCUGCCAGAGUUGCAGAGGAGAUGAGCGUUAAGCUUGGAAAUGAGGUGGGCUACAGUAUUCGUUUUGAAGACUGCACAUCUGAGAGGACUCUGCUCAAGUAUAUGACCGACGGAAUGCUGCUUCGAGAGUUUCUCACAGAGCCUGACCUUGCCAGUUACAGUGUGAUUAUCAUCGAUGAAGCCCAUGAGCGGACUCUCCACACAGACAUCCUGUUUGGCCUGAUAAAAGACAUUGCCCGGUUCAGAUCUGACUUGAAGGUCCUGGUGGCCAGCGCUACUCUAGACACAGAGCGUUUUUCCUGUUUUUUUGACGACGCGCCAGUCUUCAGAAUCCCUGGGAGAAGAUUCCCUGUUGACAUCUUCUACACCAAGGCUCCAGAGGCAGACUAUCUGGAGGCAUGUGUGGUGUCAGUGCUACAAAUCCACGUGACCCAGGCCCCUGGAGACAUCCUGGUUUUUCUAACUGGACAGGAGGAGAUUGAAGCCUGUUGCGAGCUGCUCCAGGAGAGAUGCAGACGGCUUGGGUCAAAAAUAGCAGAACUCUUGAUCCUGCCCAUCUACGCCAACCUGCCCUCAGACAUGCAGGCCAAGAUCUUCACCCCUACGCCACCAGGAGCUCGAAAGGUGGUGGUCGCCACCAACAUCGCUGAAACUUCACUGACUAUAGACGGCAUCAUCUACGUCAUAGACCCUGGAUUCUGCAAGCAGAAGAGCUAUAAUGCCCGCACUGGCAUGGAGUCGUUGAUAGUGACACCGUGCUCGCGGGCUUCAGCCAAUCAGAGAGCAGGACGCGCCGGCCGAGUGGCUGCAGGGAAGUGCUUUCGACUCUACACAGCCUGGGCCUUCAAGCAUGAGAUGGAAGAAACCACUGUGCCUGAGAUUCAGAGGACCAACUUAGGGAAUGUGGUGCUGCUGCUUAAGAGUUUAGGCAUUAAUGAUCUCGUCCAUUUCGACUUCAUGGACCCGCCCCCUCAUGAGACUCUGGUUUUGGCACUGGAGCAGCUUUAUGCCCUUGGUGCUCUGAAUCACCUCGGAGAGCUGACAAAGCUUGGCAGAAGAAUGGCUGAGCUUCCAGUGGAUCCAAUGCUGAGCAAAAUGAUCCUGGCAUCAGAGCAGUACAAGUGCUCCGAAGAAGUGCUUUCAAUAGCUGCCAUGCUCUCAGUGAAUAACUCUAUUUUCUACCGACCAAAAGACAAAGUGGUUCAUGCAGACAAUGCCAGGAUGAACUUCGUUGUACCAGGAGGUGACCACUUGGUGCUGCUGAACGUCUACACACAGUGGGUUGAGAGCGGCUACUCCACGCAGUGGUGUUACGAGAAUUUCAUCCAAUUCCGCUCCAUGAGACGAGCUCGCGAUGUCAGGGACCAACUGGAGGGGUUGAUGGAUCGUAUUGAAGUGGAAGUGGUCAGCUGCAAUGGAGAUAAUGUGCCCAUUCGAAAGGCCGUGACUGCAGGGUAUUUCUAUCACACAGCUCGACUGAGCAAAGGUGGAUACAAGACAGUAAAGCAGCAGCAGACGGUUUACAUUCACCCCAACAGCUCUUUAUUCGAGGAGCUUCCUCGUUGGCUCAUCUACCACGAGCUGGUCUUCACCACCAAAGAGUUCAUGAGACAGGUGAUCGAGAUAGAGAGCGGCUGGCUGCUGGAAGUGGCUCCUCACUACUACAAGAGCAAAGAGUUGGAGGACAGUAGUAGCAAGAAGAUGCCACGCAUGCAGGGGAAGACCAAAGAGGAGCUACAGUGAAGUGGAGCUCAAAGCACUGGUGGACAGUUCCAGCUGUAAAAAAACAUAUAGCUAUACUUUUGUAGUGACAAACGGAUGGACGACAGAAAUGGAUCCAAAACAAUUAAUCACUUAGCAGUUGAAUGUUAACAGAAAGUGAUUCAUUCUCAGCUUUGACUCGUGCUGCCUUUGUGAAAUAGGAGGUUGUUUGUUUCGCUUGGACUUCUGUGAGGUUUGUAUUUUAUUAUGUGCCCUGAAUAUGCUGGGCUUUUUUUUUCAUCAGUGACAUUAGCACACAACUUUUGUACAUUGAUAAUGAUGUAAAAAUGAUCCAUGUUUUCUCAGGCAAUAAAU